AUGGCCACUGGAAAAACCACCCUCUCCACCGGAGUCACCAUGGAAGAGGUCCCACGUGCCCUGAGCGCAGGGAGCAUCGUGGCCAUAACCGUGACGGUCAUCGUGCCUCACUCAAAUGCCAGAGACGCUGUUCAUCAUCGUCAUAACCAGCACUCCUCCUAUGGCAGGCUUUUGGAUGACCACGACUACGGCUCCUGGGGCAACUACAAC